GAGAAAGCGAUAAGCUUCGCCCUGAAUGUCCCGGAGAAGUGCGAAGCAACAUCCGAGCUUCCAACUAAUUCACUGGGCAUCUUCAAUGGUUCUUGUAAUGACCUGGAUUUGUCAACGACACUUGAGCGAUUGGGGCUGACACCACGACAUUGAUGUUACUUCGCAAUUACCCAGCACAUUAUAAGUACUAAUAUUGGCUGCAUGCCUAUACAUUAAGUUGUGGGCAUCGAAUGCGUCUCGUGUCCCAGUCAUCAUCCACCAGAAUCGAUCAGCCACCAUGUCGACUACCAUGGCAAUCACCAUGACCACCACCACCCGAACGCUUCCGGUGGUAGAUAUCAGUCCAUAUUUAGAUCCGAGAUCAACAUCAUCACAGCGGCAACAGACAGCAUCUCUGCUGGAUCAGGCAUGCCGAGAGUUUGGCUUCUUCUACUUGAUCGGCCACGGUGUCCCGGAAGAGGUCCGUCUCGAAAUGCUACAGUUAGGGCGUGAGUUUUUUGCACUCCCAGCGGCCGAAAAGGAAGCCAUAUCGAUCUCGAAAAGCAUUGAUAAAGUGCGCGGCUACGAGCGACUCGGCGAAAACGUGACUAUGGGAAAGCGAGAUGUCCUUGAAGGGCUCGACAUUUAUCGGGAAUUCCCCGGCGAACACAACGCGCGGUUACGGGGAAAGCAACUAUGGCCGGAACGACCGUCACAUCUCAAGGAAGCCACGCUGAACUACGUUGAUCAGCUCACUAAGGUCGGCAAGGCUCUGAUGUGCGCCAUGGCCGAUGCUCUAGGAAAAGACGGUAGCGAGGAGGCGUUCGACAAGCUCACACAAGAUCCGUUCUGGGGCCUGAAGUUCAUCAGAUAUCCUCCUCUGAGCACAGAUGAAAUCGCGGACAAUGAAAAGGGUAUCUCGUGCGGGGAGCACACCGAUUAUGGUGGUUUGACCUUUCUUCUGGCCGAUGAGCAUGUGAAGUCGGCACUGCAAGUCCAGGACCACGAAGGUGGAUGGAUCAAGGCAGAUCCCAUGCCUGAGGCAUAUGUCGUGAACAUUGGGGACAUCAUCAACGUCCUGACGAACAACGAAUAUACCGCCACCGUACAUCGCGUCAUUCACAAUGGCAACCAGGAUCGAAUAUCCAUACCAUUCUUCUUUGAGCCAUCCUUAUCCUCUGUGGUCGAGCCUCUCAAAAGUUGUGUUGGAGACCAUGGUGUACAAGUACCUGUAAGCAAAGUGAGCUACUACGAACACAUGUGCAAUAUGCUGUAUGGAGGAAGAUUCGUGGAACCUGGAGCGGCCGUAGAGAAGGUCAUUGUCAACGAAAUAUCUAUGAAGGGCUGAGGAGAAGGGACAAAAAGUAAAGUCACCCCUGGAAUCUGCAAAUGGCCUCGGAAUACCAGCUAGACCGAAAAAGUCGGUGAUGGGGCUCAACCAAAGGCACGCAAACCCAAGACUUGUCAGACACAUGUGGCUCUGUGCACCAAGGGCCAUCGGUCGACACAACUCUUGCCAUCGACGGUUCCCCCAUUUCUCAGGCCUGGGUGUCACUAGUCAGCCCAUAUCCGGACAAAACUAGCACCUGCUUCCUGCCCAAGGAAAGCCGAUCUAGGAUCUUACCAUCCCUGAUCUACCUGGACUUAGCGUUGUUACAGACUUCAUAGUGCCGUCAUUUGUCAUACGAAAAAGUCACAAAUUGAGUAGGAGACGUUGAUAAAAUGCCAUUUCGAGCUAGGUUAGGUGGAGUAGGUUUAGCCCUAUGGAAAGCACAUACUAUUACUC